AUGUUUGAUGAAAAUAUUGUGAAACAAGUUAUCGAUUGGAUGUAUACUGGAACACUUGAAAUUGAGGAAAAUCAACUGGAACAACUCUCAAAAAUUAUUGCAUAUUUGAGGGUCAGUUGCAAAAGUAUUUCUAUAGAAACUUUUUCAUAUGAUUUUCCAAUUUUUCCAGAUCGAUGAACUUCAAAUACUACUUGAAAAAUAUGUUGUCGAUUUGUCUUCCAAAAAAAGAAAAGCAAUUUACGCUCUGAACAUUGCCACAAUAACUUCAAGUUUUUCAAAUGAGAUAAUCGAGAAUAUUAUUCUCAAAAUCUCUCCAACGUUUGACUCCUUCGAAAAACUGACAUUCAAUUCGAUUCAAACGAUUAUGACAUCAAAAACAAGUACACAAAAGAAAGUUGGAUUCGUAAAUAUGGCUUUGAGAUGGAUGAAGAUUAAACAUGUGAAUUUGAGUUGUAGAUCAAUUAUUAUUCAAAGUUUAUAUAUUUCUGGAAUUGAGGAACAAUCAUUGGAUUUGGCGAGACAAAUAUUGUACAGGGUUUGUUGAAGCAAUUUGUUAUUUUAAAUUAAUUUUUUUUUGAAGAACCUCAACAAGAUAUUCCGUUUUGACAAAACCACACAAGAAAUAUCCAUCGAAGAUAUAAAUCCGAUAAGAGGUGUGAAACCAAUAAAACUUCAGAACGAAAGAAAAAGAAAAACUUUCUCGCAAAUUUCAGUUCUUAAUGAAAUUGAAGAUCCUUUCAGGUAACUUUUUCAAAUUCAGAUUUCAAGAAAAAAAGAAUUAUUUCAGUAAUGAUCAAACUCCAAUCCUCAAUCGAACCACGUCAGAAAUUCAAAAUAUUCAAGAAAUCCAAGAUCCAUUCGUAAAAUUCUCCAAACUUUCUGAAUCACAAAUUUCAAUGCUUGAAAAAGUUGAAGAUCCAUUCAGGUAGGUAUUAUUUUUGAGAGUAAAAAAAUCAUUGAUUUUUUCAGCAGCAAUCAAACUCCAAUAUUUCAUAAGGCAGAUUCAGAAGUUCAAAAUUUGAAUAAUUCAGUUGGGUGAGUUGAUCUGAAAAGAUUGUUUACAAAAAAGAAGAACGAUUUUUCAGAACUCCAGCUUGCUUUUCAUUAGAUCAAAAUAAUAAUUGUAUCGGAAGUUCGAAAAAUCCAAGAUCAAAUAGUAAAUCUCGCCAAGCCGACAGAUCAAACUAUUUAUACUGA